GAAAGAGUUUCAAAAUGAGGAUCUAUCAUUGAUGGUGGCCACAUCAUGAUUCUUGCUCCUCAGGUAAAACAAUGAAAACCAAGAUUGUCUUUCUUUUCACCUUACUUGCUUUGGCACCCAUUAUCCAUGGCCGUCACACGUCCUCGAACCAUCGGUACGAGAAACUCGACGAGUCUAAGCCCGUGGAGUUGGUGGAGCCCGAAGAGCUCGAGGAACUCAAGGAUCCCGAGGAAUUGGAAGAUCAAGAGGAACUCGAGGAUCUCGAGGAAGUCGAAGAAUUCGAAGGACCUCCCCCUGAGGAGACUGAGGAGUCUUCUGCAGAAGAGCUUUCAGAAGGAGGAGUAUGCAGUGUUGAGGCUGAGGAUCGCAACGAUUGCGGAUGGAUCGGUAUCGAUAAUACCACCUGCGAAAACAGAGGUUGUUGCUAUGACGAAACAGUGUCGGAUGCAGCAUGGUGUUUCUAUCCAACUGACAACAAAUGUUAUGGUAUUGACCCAGUAGAAAGAGAAGAUUGUGGCUAUUCUGGGAUACAGAGAGAGGAGUGUGAAAACGAAAGAGGAUGUUGUUUUGAUCAUACCGUGCCAAAUGUACCUUGGUGCUUCAAAGGAACUGAGCCACCAGCCGAAGGAGUAUGCAGUGUUGAGGCUGAGGAUCGGAACGAUUGCGGAUGGAUCGGUAUCGAUGAGGCCACCUGCGAAUACAGAGGUUGUUGCUAUGACGAAACAGUGCCGGAUGUAGCGUGGUGUUUCUAUCCAACUGACAACAAAUGUUAUGGUAUUGACCCAGUAGAAAGAGAAGAUUGUGGCCAUUCUGGGAUACAAAGAGAGGAGUGUGAAAACGAUAGAGGAUGUUGCUUUGAUCACACUGUGCCAAAUGUACCUUGGUGCUUCAAAGGAACUGAGCCACCAGCCAAACCAGCCAAUGACCAUUCCACUCUUGGCGACAUAUGCGAUGUCGAAUCUGAGGAUCGCAACGAUUGUGGAUGGUACGGCAUCGACGAGGCUACUUGCGAGGCCAGGGGCUGUUGCUACGACGACACAAAGCCAAAAGCAAAGUGGUGUUUCUACCCAACAGACAACAAAUGCUAUGGUAUUAAACCACAAGAACGCGAAGACUGUGGUUACAUUGGUAUUCAGCGUGAGGAGUGUGAGAACGACAGAGGUUGCUGUUUUGAUCACACUGUACAGGGUGUACCCUGGUGCUUCAAGGCCACUGGACCAGUGAGUGUGGCCCCACCUGAAGUAGAAACUCAGGAAGGAUCUGCAGGAGCCUCCGAGGCUUAGCUUUGAAUGAUCAAUCCUCAAUUGGUCGGUUUCUUUGGCAUACGGUGAAAUUUUUUUUACACUCUAAUAUGAAAAAGAGCCGUGGAUUCAAUUUCAACAAUUUCUUUUUGCAUCUGAUCUACGCUCCGAGAGAUUCGCAUUUGAUUGACAUUCAUAUGAUGCCGCAUAUGUGUUGAUCAGCCUAUUUUUCAUGUGAGCAAAGUAAAGAGGCGAGUUUAAACUAGGCGUUAAAAUUGUUGCGUUGCUGUCAGGCUACGGUAAAGCAGGUUUACUAGUAGCAUGGUGCAUGGCAUUUUCCUAGAAUAUCGUUUGCGCUCUAUUAAGUGUUAAAAGACAUGUUUUACGGGUUAAGUUUUGUUUGCACAAAUUCCUACGAGUAAUCUUUCACACUCUGGUUCCAUAUCAUCUGCGGAACUUUUUUAGGCUAGGAGAAAAUCUAAUAAAGAAUGCACUGUAUGAAAGAAGA